AUGAGACUUACAAUCAAUAGUGAGAUAACAGAUGAAAUCUUUGGACCUCUGGACGUUACUGCAGAGAUGAGUCUUCAAGAUCUCAUUGCCCUUUUGGAGUUCGAAUGCGGGUUCGACGCAACGAAGCACAAUCUGCUUCAUAAAGCUACGGCAUUGAACAGCAGUGAAUCUAAAACGCUUCAAGAACUGCAGUUUGAAAAUGACGAGCUGCUUGUAAUUAAAGCCAAAAUCAACAAUGUCCAUGAAAAUUCGCAAAGUGGCGCCUCGAUGGAGGACAUGCUUGUUGAACAGGCCAGACAGCAGAUCCUCCAGAACCCCGCUCUAAGGGCCCAGAUUGUGAGCUCGAACCCAGGAUUUGAGAGUAUUAUAAAUGAUGCCACUGCUUUCCGCCAACAAGCAGGACCUCACCUUCUCCAAAGCAUGCAAGGUGGAAGCCGCCAGAAUCCUUUUGGCAUCGCGCAAACAGAGUACGACGAACUAAUGAGAAACCCAGAUGACCCCGCGAACCAAAAACGCAUAGGCGAACUGAUAAGCCAACAGGAAAUUGACGAGCAAAUGCGAAACGCUCUCGAGUUUACUCCAGAGGCGUUUACGACAGUUCAUAUGCUCUAUGUAAACUUGGAGAUAAACGGCUAUCCAGUGAAGGCCUUUGUGGAUUCUGGCGCUCAGUCUACCAUUAUUUCCACCAAGCUAGCUGAGAAAGCAGGGCUCUCUCGGCUGAUUGACAAGAGAUUCUCCGGAGAAGCGCACGGAGUGGGAGUGCAAAAGAUAAUCGGAAAGAUCCAUAUCGCGCAAGUUAAGAUCGAAACGCAGCAUGUUCCCUGUAGCUUCACUGUUCUGGACACACACGUGGACAUGCUAUUGGGCUUGGAUAUGCUGAAGCGUCACCAAGCUUGCAUAGACCUUAAAGAUAAUGUUCUGCGGAUUGCAGGGGUUCAAACAAGAUUUCUAAGCGAGGCGGAAAUCCCCGAGAGCCUCGAAGCGAAGAUUAGCGAAUCCACUUCCCAAGGGCUUAACAUACCAGCUCCAUCUGCGCAAUUGGAGCCACCAAAAAAAGCACAAACUUCACAACCGCACCCUGAGCGCGCAUUCCCAGAAUCGGUUGUGCAGCAGCUAAUGGAUUUGGGAUUCUCAAGAUCUGAGGUCCUGCGUUCGCUUGAACAAGCCAAUGGUAAUCCGGACGUAGCCGCGGCUCUUCUCUUUCAAUGA